AUGGUGUCGCUGAUGGACGACGUCACCGCCGAGAUCUUCCUCCGCCUCCCGCCGGACGAGCCCGAGCACCUCUUCCGCGCCGCCCUCGUCUGCAAGCCCUGGCUCCGCGUCCUCCGCGACCCCUCCUUCCGCCGCCGCUACAGCGUCUUCCACCGGGCGCCGCCCCUGCUCGGCCUCCUCCACAGGCUCCAGGUCUUCGAAGGAGACCCCGCCGCCCGCCUCGCCCCCACCACAGCGGCGCCCCUCUCGCCCUACCCCGACCUCUGCCGCACGCGCCCCCUCGACUGCCGCCACGGCCGCGUCCUCCUCCACGUGGGGGUCGGGUCCUGGCAUUUCAUCGUCUGGGAUCCCGUCACGGGCGAGCAGCACCGCUUCCCGGAGCCUGGCAUCCCGAAGCUCAUCUACUCCGCCGCCGUCUUCUGCGCCGUGCCCGGCUGCGACCACCUUGACUGCCACGGCGGCCCCUUCCGGGUUGUCUUUCUGGUCACCGAAGACUGCACAGAUCUAAUCAAGGCCGCAGUGUACUCAUCAGAGACAGGUGCGUGGAGCACGCCGGUGACAAUGGACGCUGGCUGUGAUGUCCAGCAUAGGCGAGAUGCCCUUGCUGCUGGAUUCUACUACACGCCCUAUGUCCAGCCUAGGCGGGGCGCCGUUAUUGGAGAUGAAGCCUACUUCACCCUUCGCUACGGUAACCCAGUCGUCAAAUAUAACUGGAGCAAGAAUCACAUAUCCCUCAUUGAUCCGCCAACAAAGUGUGUGUACAACGUUGGUGUCAAAAAAAAGGCUGUCGACAAGGUCGCCCUCAUGGUGAUGGAGGACAGUUCACUGGGGUUUGCCUGCGUUGAGGGUUCCAGCCUUCACCUGUGGUCAAGAAAGGUGAAUGCAGAAGGAGAUGCAGAAUGGGUACAGCGCAGGGCCAUCCAGCUGGAGAGUGUUAUACCUGUUGCCAAUUCUGAUGACAAACCAUUUGUGGUUGGAUGUGCAGAGGGUGUGGGUGUCAUAUUCGUUAGCACCGGUGUUGGCUUAUUCACAAUCAAGCUAGAUUCUGGGCUGGUUAAGAAGGUUGCCGAGUCUGGGGUCUACUUCAGCGUCCUACCCUACAUGAGCUUCUAUACUCCAGAUCGUGGUACGUUUCCAUCCCUGGCGGAGAUCACUGAUGCCUGA